CUACAAGAUCUCGUUUUUAUUUAUUCUCUACUACAACAAUGAUCACCUUACAACAAAGCAACAAUGAUGUCAAACCCUCUAUACACAAUUCUUCCAUUACAGUAUUCCACUGUACAACCAACUCUUGCCACAAACAACAAAACAACGGUUUAAGAAGUUUCAUCCAAAAUGGCUCCUGGGAGUCAUCCACAUCAUCUCAUCAGGGCUCUGAUCUCCCUGCUGACUCACAGCCAUCCCACCACCAUCCUCUUCAGUCACACCAUACUGAAACCCAACUUUGGGCUUCCUCGGCGGCAAGACAGGCAAUGGAGCUUCCCCUCUCAGAACCCUAGCAGCAUGUUGAACACUCGGCCUCCUCUCCGGAUUCGGAUGAACACAAGCCACUCCAAUGAUCAGCACCCUUUCCAUCUCCACAACACUGAACUCACCUUUCAGCUUCUCAUCAGCAGCUUCCAUCAGCUUCCCUCUCUCCCAACACCCCCACACCCAAUCCACCAGCACGAAUUUCCCACCUUCAUCCACGGGCCUUCUUCCAGUAGCCACUUCCAGAAUCACCACUCCAUAGCUGUACACAUCUGUCUUCUGUGUAGGAAUACCACAGUAGACAUACUCGGGUGCGAGGUAACCCAUUGUCCCAGCUGGGAUGGUUGAUUCUCUCGUGAUCGAGCUAUGCUCGUAGACUUCUGCCAGCCCGAAAUCUCCAAGCUUGGCAUUGAACUCGGAAUCGAGGAGGAUGUUGCAGGACUUCACGUCCCUGUGAAUGAUCUGCCUCUCGCAUUCCUCGUGCAAGUACGAGAGACCUGAAGCGACUCCCAGCAGUAUGUUCAUCCUUUGCUUCCAUGACAGAAUGACAGCUGGUGAUGGUGAUGGUGAUGAUGCUGUCAUAAACCAAGGCCAGUUCAGUUCCUUCACAGCACCAUCCUUGAAGCUGGACUAAAUUC